UGUUGCACUCCGGACUGUUUAGUUUGUAACACACUGUUCGAGCAGAGGGUCAAACUGUCUUUUCUUGUUUUCGUUCAUUUUAUAUUUAAACCAAAAUCCGACGAAAGAGAAUUGAACCGUUGAAUAUUUGAAUUAUUUGAUUUAUUCUCCUGCUGGUUUUUAUUUGUCCAUUUCCAACGUGACUAAUAAAGUUUCUUCAAAAUCUUUGAAUCUGCGGCUCCGGCUCACGCGACCUUCAACCGGAAGAAGAUUUUACACCAGACACCGAGAGCAGUGAAUCAAUCAUGGCCGCCCAGGUGACUGAGUCUGAUCAGAUCAAACAGUUCAAAGAGUUUCUGGGGACGUACAACAAGGUGACGGAGAACUGCUUCAUGGACUGUGUCAAAGAUUUCACCACCAGAGACGUCAAACCAGAGGAGUCCAGCUGCUCCGAGUCGUGUCUGCAGAAGUACCUGAAGAUGACUCAGCGGAUCUCCAUGAGGUUUCAGGAGUAUCACAUCCAGCAGAACGAGGCUCUGGCCGCCAAAGCCGGACUGUUGGGACAACCUCACUGAGCCCGACCCAACUGGAAGAUCACAUGACACCAGUGCGUUGAGCGGAGCCGGGCUGAUACUGGACACUGUUCUGUCUCAAAGCAUCAUGGGAGAAACUGUGAAACUGUCCUUAAAUGUCUUUGUUUGGUUUAUUAAACAUCGUGAA